GUGCCAAAGAAACAACAUCACACCUACAGUCCAGUCAUCCGCCUUCUUCCUUCCUACCCCACCGUGGUCUCUUUAUUUUCCUGCCCACACUCAUUUGCCACCCCCAACAAUGGCCGAUUCGUACUAUGAAAACCAAAGCCACUCACCAUCUCCCCAAGGAGAACAAUACUCGAACGACAAGAUUCACCACUCAGAGAGGAUAGCUUCUCCCAAUGGAGGCGGUGUUUCUACCGAAGGAUACCUUGCGAAUAAAAACACAGAGCCUACUCCAGUGGCUGCUGCUCCUGCGAGGAAGAAACUUUCUAGCUGGGUUGGAUUUAGCAACUUGCCGAACCAAGUGCACAGACGGAGUGUGAGGCGAGGUUUCCAGUUCGUGACCAUGGUUGUCGGCGAAUCUGGUCUCGGUAAAUCUACACUCAUUAAUACCCUCUUCGAGACAAAACUUUAUCAACCCAAACAGAUCCCUACACCAGGUGCGGACAGGGGAAAGACCGUUCAGAUUGAAAGCAUCUCUGCUGAUAUCGAAGAAAAUGGUGUGAGACUCAAGUUGACUGUGGUGGAUACUCCUGGUUUCGGUGACUUUGUGAACAACGAAGAAAGCUGGAAGCCCAUCGUCGACAAUAUUGAAGCCCGUUUCGAUGCUUUCCUCGAGCAAGAGAACCGGGUUAACCGUUCUAAGCUUCUUGAUAACCGCGUUCAUGCUUGCCUCUAUUUCAUCCAGCCUACCGGCCACUCUCUCAAAGCCAUCGACAUCGAGUUUAUGAGGCGACUGCAUAACAAGGUUAACCUUAUUCCCAUCAUUGCUAAGGCCGACACUAUGACCGAUGAUGAGAUUAUCGCUUUCAAACAAAGAAUUCUCGCCGACAUUGCUCACUACGGCAUCCAAAUCUUCCAGCCUUUCCAGUACGAAAACGAGGAUGAGGAGACCAUUCAGGAGAACGAAGAAAUCAUUAGCAAAGUGCCUUUUGCCGUUGUUGGCUCCGACUCUCUUGUUCAGUCUCCCGAUGGUCGACAAGUCCGAGGCCGAUCAUACCCCUGGGGUGUCAUCGAAGUUGACAACGAGGACCAUUGCGACUUUGUCAAGCUUCGUCAAAUGCUUGUCAGGACCCACAUGGAAGAACUGCGAGAACACACCAAUGAUGUGCUGUACGAGAAUUACCGAACUGAAAAGCUUAGGGCGAUGGGUGUUCAGCAGGAUGAGAGCGUGUUCAGGGAGACUAACCCCGCUGCCAAGCAAGCCGAAGAACGCGCCCUUCACGAGGCUAAGCUCGCUAAAAUGGAAGCUGAAAUGAAGAUUGUCUUCCAGCAAAAAGUCCAAGAAAAGGAACAAAAGCUGAAACAGUCUGAAGAGGAGCUUUAUGCCCGCCAUCGGGAGAUGAAGGAUGCUUUGGAGAAGCAGAAGCAAGAGUUGGAAGACAAGAGGAGAAAGAUUGAGAGCGGUCGACCAUUGACACCUGAAAAGGGAUCUAUCCAGCAAAAGAAGCGAUUUGGUCUCGGCAAAUAAGCUUCCCCUUUUUUCAAUCUUGUGCUUCCUGUUUACGAUCUUGUCUACGUCUCAACAUCAUGUACAUAACGCCCAGUUUCCGGUCUCGCAUAUUCCCAAAAAUGGUUACCCGACCUUUGGCUAUUCAACUCCUCGUAAAUCCCCCAUUUGUGACAAUUACCACCCUUAUCUUACCGCUCUUAACGACUUCGUCAAAUCUCCUCAUGGAAUGAGAAUAGGACCUUUCGAGGCUUUGUGAUAUCCCCUUGGCGCAUGCACUCGCUAUCUUGUU